CAGAGUUAAAGGCAUCAUCGUAGCCAUUAGAGGGAAAAGUUGAAGCAAUGCAAGCACAGCGGAGUCCUCCAGCCCUCCCCUUUUGCCCACUCCCCACUUCUCAGACUGGUUCAGUGUUUAGGGAGAGCAGUGAUCACGCAGUCCUGAGAAGCAGCAGGCUGACGUUGGACGAGCUGCCAGGUAUCUGAAAACAGGCAACGAAGAAUCAGAUAGUCACUUUUCACCGUUUCUAUUCAGGAUCUGGACUUACAGCUUCACAACGUUCAAGCCAGUCCAUUUUAUCUUCCGUGCAUCUCCAUACCCUCUCCCCAAAGACAAUCCACCCGCUGAGUAGGAGCAGAAUGCUUUCACUGUCGCAUCCAGAGAAACAACGCAGAGCAUUUUUAUAGAUUCGCACGGAUUUCUUCCAAGACAUUUUGGUAUCGGUUACCCUGAUGUGACUUUUCUUUUCGGCUUUGGAAUAAUGGGGAUCUUUUUGGCUUAUGUUGGAUUCAUUUUCUUUUCUGUUUUAUAUAUACAGCAAGGACUUUCUUCUCAAGCAAAAUUUACCGAGUUUCCUCGAAAUGUUACAGCAACUGAGGGGCAGAAUGUGGAAAUGUCAUGUGCUUUCCAGAGUGGUUCUGCCUCAGUUUACCUGGAGAUUCAGUGGUGGUUUUUGCGGGCAGCUGAGGACCAGGAGACUGGAGCAGAGGUGACAGGCACUCAGGUGGAGCUCUUACCAGAAAGAGACCUAGACAACGAUGGAACAAAAAUCAGCACAGUAAAAGUACAAGGGAAUGACAUCUCCCACAAGCUUCAGAUUUCCAAAGUAAGGAAAAAGGAUGAAGGCUUAUACGAGUGCCGGGUGACAGAUGCCAACUAUGGAGAUCUUCAAGAAUACAAGGCCCAAGCCUACCUUAAAGUCAAUGCAAACAGCCACUCUCGGAGAAUGCAGGCUUUUGAAGCCUCUCCCAUGUGGUUACAAGACAUGAAACCCCGAAAGAAUAUCUCUGCAGCCGUUCCCAGUAGCAUCCAUAAUUCUGCUAAUCAGCAAAUGCGCUCUACUUCCAGCCCUCAAGCUGCAGCCAAAAUCCCCAAACAAAGUCCACAAUCAGCAAAGAGCAAAUCGCCUGUAAAAUCUUCGGAGCGGACAGCAAAGUUGACCCUAAACUCCAACCAUCACUCUGCACCCAAUGUACUCUAAUUCUCUACACAAGGAGCACCUUCUUCAGGAAGUUAAAAAAAUAAAACAAAAAAAAUAAAAAAACACAAAAAGUUAAAAAAAAGAAGAGGAUUGCCCACGUUUUAUUAAUAAUAUUUUCUUUGGCAGACCACUGAGCUUUUAGUUCAAGAGGACUGGUGUGAAGUGGUAGGACAUUUUGUAACAGCAAGACUUCUUUUCCAUUUCUUCGGCAAGUAGAAGCACUGUAUCACUGACUGCUCAGGGGUUGGCCUGUAAGUCAUCAGUAUAAUAAUUGUUCGCUGCGGAUAUCCUUGAUUUCCACUAGGUAACACCAUUUCUCCACUGGAGGCAAACAGAGACCAAAAAUAAAUAAACGAAAUACUACAGCAUAUCCUCAAACAUCAGUCAAAACCUGCCUUUUGGGGAAGGAACAAAAAUAUUGACAUGACAAGUCAAUGUGUAGAACAUUAACUUAAGGCAGAAAAAAAAAAA